CGACGCUUCACUUGAUUCGAGUCACAUUAAAUUUAUAUAACGCUUGCAAAUCAAAUUCAAAUCAUGAGCUGUCCUUAUGCUGGCAACAGCAAUGAACACGAUGAUGCCGCCGUUCCGCUGUCCAACGAUGUGGGCAAAAUCUACGGUGAAUAUCUGAUGCUGGACAAACUGCUCGAUGCACAAUGUAUGCUCUCCAUGGAGGAUAAGAGACCGGUGCAUGAUGAGCAUCUGUUUAUCAUAACGCACCAGGCUUAUGAGCUGUGGUUUAAGCAAAUCAUCUUUGAAUUCGACUCCAUACGCGACAUGCUCGAUGCGGAGGUCAUCGAUGAGACAAAAACACUGGAAAUUGUCAAGCGUUUAAAUCGCGUUGUUCUCAUACUUAAGUUACUUGUGGAUCAGGUGCCUAUAUUGGAGACAAUGACGCCACUAGAUUUCAUGGACUUUCGCAAGUAUCUCGCGCCCGCCUCCGGUUUUCAAUCAUUGCAGUUUCGAUUGAUUGAGAAUAAGCUGGGUGUGCUCACCGAGCAGCGGGUGAAGUACAAUCAAAAGUACUCCGAUGUGUUUGGGAAUGAUGAGCGUGCUCUGAAUGCGAUACGCAGCUCCGAGGAUAACCCCUCGCUGCUGGAGCUGGUACAGCGUUGGCUGGAGCGGACACCCGGCCUGGAAGCGGAUGGAUUCAAUUUCUGGGAGAAAUUUCAGCACAGUGUCGAUCAGUUUCUCGCCGCCCAGGUGCAUAGUGCCCUGUUGGAGCCGGUGGAGCAGGCCAAGAACUAUCGACUGAUGGAUAUUGAGAAGCGUCGCGAAGUCUAUAGAUCCAUCUUCGACCCGGCGCUGCAUGAGGCGCUGGUGAAGCGUGGCGAUCGUCGAUUUAGUCAUGGCGCCCUCCAGGGUGCCAUUAUGAUCACAUUUUAUCGCGACGAGCCGCGGUUCAGUCAGCCCCAUCAGCUGUUGACCCUGCUCAUGGACAUUGACUCACUGAUCACCAAGUGGCGAUACAACCAUGUCAUCAUGGUGCAACGCAUGAUUGGAUCACAGCAGCUAGGCACUGGCGGCUCAUCCGGCUAUCAAUAUCUACGCUCCACACUCAGCGAUCGGUAUAAAGUAUUCCUCGAUCUGUUCAAUCUGUCUACGUUUCUGAUACCUCGUGAAGCCAUUCCGCCCCUGGAUGAAAGCAUACGCCAGAAACUUAUUCAUUAACAAGUUGUUUGUUGCUGAAUUUUGAAUUUUGAAUUAUAUCACAAGAUAAUUUGCUUUAAGACUUAACUGACAAAAGUUUUCUCAAAUAAACCCUUUUAUGAACUCCA